CACCGCUGGCUCUUCUUCCUGUCGCGGGCUGUGGUGGGCGUCGGCGCGGCCAGCUUCUCCACCGUCGCCCCCACCGUCAUCGCGGACCUCUUCGUGAGGGGCCGCAGGACCCGGAUGCUGUCGCUCUUCUACAUCUUCAUCCCUGUCGGAAGCGGCCUGGGCUACGUGCUGGCCUCGGCGGUGACCGAGGCUACGGGAGACUGGCACUGGGCCUUCAGGAUCCUGCCCUGCCUGGAGGCGGCGGCUCUGGCCCUCCUGAUCCUGCUGGUCCCAGACCCCCCGCGGGGAGCGCUGGAGGAGCGGCCCGAAGCCGGGGGCCCCCGGACCGGCUGGUGCGAGGACGUCCGCUCCCUGGGGAAGAACCGGAGCUUCGUGUGGUCCACGCUGGGAGUCACGGCCAUGACCUUCGUGGCGGGGGCCCUGGGCUUCUGGGCCCCCAAGUUUCUGUACCGCACGCGGGUGCUCCACGGCCAGCAGCCUCCUUGCCUCCGGGAGCCCUGCGACUCCUCGGACAGUCCUUCCCACCAGAUCUCAGAGUCUGCAGUGACCGGCAGUGACACUCUGGUGCUCCGCCUGCUGCGUCUACACUGGCCUACAGACUCUGUGAGGCCUCUGGCGCUGCUGUGCCGGGCUUUCUUCCUGGACCGGGUGUUCCUUCGCCUCCUUGGCUGCCAUCUUCCCUGCAGUCCUCACUCUGGCUGUGGCUGCACUAAGGCCCCCGAGCCCCCACCUGGUGUGUCCUCCAUUACCGAUCAGCCAUGUGCUGCCAGCGAGUGUCUAGAGGAAGGUUUGUCCUGA